UCCCCAAAGAGCUUGCUUUUCUUCCACAUUAAAACCAAAAAGCUCCCUAUCUUCCAUCAAAAUCCAAUACCGCCAUUUCCCAAUUCCUCCACCGGAAUUCGAGAUCUAACCCCCGCCGCCGCCGCCGCCGCCGCUGCCGCCAUGGCGCUCCAGCUCAUCCUAAUCGGAGUCUCCCUCCUCGCAUCCCUCCCUUUACUCUACUCCCUCCUCUACCGCCUCCGAUUCAAGCUCCCUCCGGGCCCCCGCCCAACCCCAAUCGUCGGCAACCUCUACGACAUCAAGCCCGUCCGAUUCCGCUGCUUCGCCGAGUGGGCGGAACAGUACGGCCCGAUCAUCUCCGUCUGGUUCGGCUCCACCCUCAACGUCGUCGUUUCCAACACCCAGCUCGCCAAGGAAGUGUUGAAAGAGCACGACCAGCAGCUCGCGGAUCGGCACCGGAGCAGGUCGGCGGCCAAGUUCAGCCGCGACGGCCAGGAUCUGAUCUGGGCCGACUACGGGCCGCACUACGUCAAGGUGAGGAAGGUCUGUACUCUGGAGCUUUUCACUCCCAAGAGGCUGGAAGGUCUGAGGCCGAUUAGGGAGGAUGAGGUCACCGCCAUGGUUGAGUCCGUUUACCGCGACUGCUCCGAUUCCGGCUGUGCAGAGAAGAGUUUGCAAGUGAAGAAGUACUUGGGAGCGGUGGCAUUCAACAACAUAACGCGGCUAGCAUUCGGGAAGAGGUUCGUGAACUCGGAGGGCGUGAUGGACGAGCAAGGGCUCGAGUUCAAGGCGAUCGUGUCGAACGGGCUCAAGCUAGGAGCGUCCCUUUCCAUGGCAGAGCACAUCGAGUGGCUGCGAUGGAUGUUCCCCUUGGAGGAAGGUGCUUUCGCUCAGCACGGUGCCCGUAGGGACAGGCUCACCCGAGCCAUCAUGGAGGAGCACACCGAGGCUCGAAAGAAGAGUGGGGAUACGAAGCAGCAUUUCGUCGAUGCGCUGCUCACGUUGAAGGAGAAGUACGACCUCAGCGAGGACACCAUCAUCGGACUUCUUUGGGACAUGAUCACAGCCGGCAUGGACACGACAGCAAUCUCGUCCGAAUGGGCAAUGGCAGAGAUCAUCAAGCACCCGAGGGUCCAGCAGAAGCUCCACGACGAGAUGGACAGGGUCAUCGGCUUCGAACGGAUCAUGACCGAGUCCGACUUCUCGAGCCUGCACUACCUCCAAUGCGUCGUCAAGGAAUCCCUCAGGCUCCACCCUCCAACCCCUCUGAUGCUCCCUCACCGGUCCAACGCCAAUGUCAAGAUCGGCGGCUACGACAUACCAAAGGGAUCGAACGUCCACGUCAACGUGUGGGCCGUGGCUCGUGAUCCGGCGGUGUGGAAGGACCCGUUGGAGUUCAGGCCGGAGAGGUUCAUGGAAGAGGACGUGGACAUGAAGGGCCACGACUUCCGGCUGCUCCCCUUUGGUGCCGGGAGGCGGGUUUGCCCCGGGGCGCAGCUGGGGAUCAACUUGGUGACGUCGAUGUUGGGUCACUUGUUGCAUCAUUUCCAGUGGAGUCCUCCGGCGGGGGUUAAGCCGGAGGAGAUCGACAUGUCGGAGAAUCCCGGGUUGGUGACUUACAUGCGGACGCCGGUGAUGGCUACGGCGACUCCUCGGCUGCCUUCUCACUUGUACAAACGUGUGGCGGCGGAGAUGUAAAAGGGGAAGAGGGUGAGGAAACAGAGGAAGCGGGUUAGGAUUUGUCUGUUGUAUUGUACUCAAAAACUACAAGGUGGGGAGCCAAAUGGUUUUUUUCUUUUCUUCCUCUUGUACUUGUUUGUAUCAUUUACAAACUUCUGGCAUCAAUUUAAAGAACCCAAUUUUAAUGUUGUGCGUUUUUGGAUAUUUGAUUGUGUUGUUGUGGAUGUCAAUUCGUAGUAGGGAUGGCAAUGGGUCGGGUUGGAUCGGGUUUUGCCAAA